GUCCGGCCCGGGUCGCUGGGAUCUGGUGUCCGCUGCAGCUGGCAGUGCGGCGGACGCGGGCACCGGCACAGCCGCCGGCGGGGCCGGCUAUUAAUAACGCUCCGGGCGAGCCCGGGGUCGGGCAGUCAUGGCCAGUCCGGAACCCCUGUGCGGCGGGGACGGCGCCCGGCCUGCGAGGGAAACGGGCACAGAGGCCAGUUCUCUUCAGGACGCCAAAGCCCCGAAGGAGGCCAUGACUUUGAGCCCAGAGGCUACUCUAUCUUUGGAGGGGACUGUGAACCUAGAAGACAUUCUCUAUCUGGGGGACUCAGUGGACUUUGAAGAGAGCCUCUACGUGGAAGAGUCUGAGAAGCCAGAGGAGACACUGUGUAUCGAUGAAUCGAGGCAGCUGGAGGAGGCUCUGGAUCUGGAAGAGGCAGUGAGUUCAGAAGAGCCCCUGUUUGUGGAGGAGCCUGUGAAACCAGAUGAGGUACAGUUGUCCCAGGAGCCUGUAGAGCCAGCUAAGAACCCAAGCCCGGAGCAGACUGCUUGUGAGGGAGAAAUGGUGGCCCCGGAGGAAAGCCUUCCGGCUCCACCGAUUCCCAGCACAGAGGAGGACCUCAGCAUGGAGGACCUGGAGCUGCUGGAGGGCCGUUUCGAGGAGUGUGUACAGGCUGUUUCCCAGUUGGAAGAGGAGAGGGACCAGCUUAUCCACGAGCUUGUGCUGCUCCGGGAACCAGCCCUGCAGGAGGUGCAGCAAAUCCACCAGGACAUCCUCGCUGCCUAUAAACUGCACGCCCAGGCCGAGCUGGAGCGGGAUGGGCUCAGGGAGGAGAUCCGGAUGGUGAAGCAGAAGCUGUUCAAGGUGACCAAGGAAUGCGUGGCCUACCAAUACCAGCUGGAGUGCCGCCAGCAGGACGUGGCUCAGUUUGCCGACUGCAAGGAAGCGCUGAGCACUCGGGCAGCCCAGCUUUCGGGAGAACUGACCCAGCUCCGCGACGCCUAUCAGAAACAGAAGGAGCAGUUGCAGCAGCAACUAGAAGCACCCCCAACCCAGAGCGAUGGGCACUUCCUCCAGGAGAGUCGGCGGCUGUCAACACAGUUUGAAAAUUUCAUGGCAGAAAGCCGCCAGGGCCUGGAAGAGGAGUACGAGCCUCAGCUGCUGCGGCUCCUGGAGAGGAAAGAGGCAGGGACCAAAGCGCUACAGGAUACCCAGGCCGAGAUCCAAAAGAUGAAGGAGGCGCUGAGACCCCUGCAAGCCGAGGCCCGGCAGCUCCACCUUCAGAACAGGAACCUGGAGGACCAGAUCACACUCGUGAGGCAGAAACGUGACGAGGAGGUUCAACAGUACAGGGAGCAGCUGGAGGAGAUGGAGGAGAGACAGAGGCAGUUACGAAGCGGCGUGCAGGUCCAGCAACAGAAGAACAAAGAGAUGGAGCAGCUGAGGACCAGCCUCGCUGAAGAACUUUCAACGUAUAAGAACUCUUUAGAAACGUAUGGCCGGAUACAUAACCCAGAAACAACAAAGCAUUUGUAUCAAAGCGCCACCAGGGAUGGACUUUUCACCAAACAGGAAAGAGUGCCAGUAGCGGGCAAGCAAUUCAUCCUGUGAAAAUUGCCCAGAGAUUUUAGGGUUGGCUGGAAGCAGAAUACCAGUCAACUGGUAUUACCUGGACUCUUUUCUGUAGGCUGCUAGUACUGAUCUUAAUGCACUGUGGGAUGGGAAAUGAGCCUUUUUAUUCUUCAGCAGCACACUGGGUAUAACAGAUGUAUCACAUCUGGCAAUAUUGUGAAGAUUAUUUAUUGCUUUGUGCUGACCCAAACCAAGAACAUUCAAGGGAAAAGUUGGGGUCAAAAGGCAGCCAAUCUUCGCUAUACAGAUCCACUACUUGGGUCCCUUUGAGCUAUGGGUAUUGGAUUUUAAAUGACUCUUUCACAAAGCUAUUUCCCCCUUAAUGUCUGCACUCAAAUAUUUGCUCUUAAAACAGAGCCAAGAUAGCUAUUUUUUUUUUUUUUUGACAAAGGACCUCACUUAUAUAUAGCCCUGGCUGGCCUAGAACUCACUUUUCAGACAAUGCUAGCCCUGAACUCGCAGAGAUCUGCCUGCCUCUACAGUACCGAGAUUAAAGACAACAUUGAGUUUGUCUUUUUUGAGACAAGAUUUUCAAGUAGUCUAGGCUGGUAUCUAACUUGUUAUGUAGGUCAGGAUGACCUUGAACUUCUGAUCUUGCCUCAACCCCCAAUUACUAGGACUACAGGUGUCUGUCACCAAGACACUCCUCUCCACACACCCCCAAGGUAUCUCCAUGUAGUGAUUUGGCUUUCUUGGAACACAUUACACAGACAAGGGCCUCAAACUCAGAGAUCCUCCUUAGUGCUGGGGUUAAAGACCUGUGCCAUCACAGCCAGCCCAACACACACUAAAACGAGAACAGGAACCACUUUGAAAUUGGACCAGACACUCCAUUAUUCAGACUUUCCCAAAAAAAAAAAACACAAAACAACAACAACAACAACAAAAAAAACCAUCACUGGUUCUGGAGGCAACAGUCAUCUAGACAGUUCAAGCAAAAUAAGUCAUUUUAUCUGGUUUUUGCAUGUGGUAUUAAAGGCACUCAUAGCCAACCCUUUAAAAGUAGGGGGUCCCAGUAAAAAACACUGGACAGAUACAAGGUCUCUAACACAAGCCUCUUUCAAAUUUAAACUGCCUUAAAUUCUCUAUUAUACUGCCUUUGACAAAUUAGAAACUUGUGUAGCUCUUUAGGGAAGACUUCAAAAAUAUGUAAUUUUACCAAGACUAGUUUGUGUACUGUUUGGUAAUGCCCUCACUUUCCUUGGCAGGAGUAAAGUUCUUUUUUUAUGCU